AUGGCUGUGUCGACUUUCGCCGUGAAAGUGCAUAUAAGUUGCUGCUCAAAAUGUCCUCUUAGAGCCAAGGAAAAGUUGCAGAAAAUCAAAGGGGUAAAUUCCAUCACCAUCGACACAGCAAAAGACUUGGUGACGGUUUCGGGCAGUGUAGAGCCUAAUGUAAUUGUAGAGAAGUUUGCUAAAUGGGGCAAAAAGGCAGAACUUAUGUCCUUCCAAAAAGAACCUAUGGAGAGUGAUGACGACGAUGACGACAAUGAUAACGAUAAAACUAAUUUGAAUAAAAAUUCUUACAGGAAGAGUGAUUCAGAUCUCUGUCCAGUGCCCGCCAACAGGUUUCUACAUGCUAACCCCAAUAUGUACGUUCCUAGAGACAGCAAGAAGGGUACUUGGUGUUGGCUUGGUAAAAAAAUAUUUGGAAACAAACCAUGGGCUAGGUCUCUGGCUGCAAAAGCUCCUGCUAACAAUAAGUGGCAGGCUCCAAGAAUACCUAUGAAUGAAUUUGGAUCAUCAAAUCCAAUUUAUGGAAACCAAUUAGCUAUGCAUCAAUUUGCGUCACCACAGCCAUUUUAUGGUAGCCAAUCAUCUAUGAAUCAAUUUGGAUCCUCAAGACCAUUUAAUGGAAGCCGAUUCAAUAGACCAUCGAUGUAUGGAAGACCAAGGCCAGUACCUCCACAUCCAAUGUAUAUGCCAAGGCCACCAAUGUUGCUCCCAUAUGGGGGAUACAACCAGGAGCGGCAGCUGCACCGUCGCUUCAGGUUAAUCCCAUGA